AUGACCGGGCUCUGCUUACCCAGGCCCAGAGCCUUUACUUAUCCUACCCCAGUCCCUCCCAGGGGCGUGGGUGCUGGGGAGGGAUCGGGUAGCCCAGAGGGUCCAUGUGUGUCCCCCUGGGGCCCUAGCCGGGCCCAGGUCCUGGACAGUGUCCUAGGGCUGGGGGCACUGGCGCUGACAAUUCGGGCAGUCUUUUCCACACCUGGCCCAGCCUCGCUGCUGCUGCUGCUACUGGUCAGCUUCCUGGCCUUCGACCUGCUCCACCGGCCUGCGGGUCCCACAUGGCCACAGCACACACAUUUCCCAAGGCGCCAGAGUCAGGGGGCCGGUGAGGGUCCAGGGCAGCAGGAGGCUCCCCUCCUGCCCACGGUGGCAGUCACAGGAUGACUCAGCAUCCAGGAGGCUCUGCUGCUGCUGCUCCCGGGCCUGGGGCUACUCCUGGGAGCCCAUGGUGUGCCCUUGGCUGUGCUUGCCCUGCCUUUCUGCCUCCAUCCUUGGGCCUGA